UGCAUGUGUGUGCGCACUCCAUGGGAGCCGGGAGGCCUGAGCUUUUGCUGCCGCCUCGGUCGCUAUGGGGGCGCAGGACCGGCCGCAAUGCCACUUCGACAUCGAAAUCAACCGGGAGCCGGUUGGUCGAAUUAUGUUUCAGCUCUUUUCAGAUAUAUGUCCAAAAACAUGCAAAAACUUCCUUUGCCUGUGCUCAGGAGAGAAAGGCCUUGGGAAAACAACGGGGAAGAAGUUAUGUUAUAAAGGUUCUACAUUCCAUCGUGUGGUUAAAAACUUUAUGAUUCAGGGUGGGGACUUCAGUGAAGGUAAUGGAAAAGGUGGAGAAUCAAUUUAUGGUGGUUAUUUUAAAGAUGAAAACUUUAUUCUCAAACAUGACAGAGCGUUCCUUUUGUCAAUGGCAAAUCGAGGGAAACAUACCAAUGGUUCCCAGUUUUUCAUUACCACAAAACCUGCUCCACACCUGGAUGGGGUGCAUGUUGUCUUUGGACUAGUUAUUUCUGGUUUUGAAGUAAUCGAACAAAUUGAAAAUCUGAAAACUGAUGCUGCAAGUAGACCAUAUGCAGAUGUACGAGUUAUUGACUGCGGGGUGCUUGCCACAAAGUCAACAAAAGAUGUUUUUGAGAAAAAAAGGAAGAAGCCAAGUCAUUCAGAAGUCUCGGAUUCCUCUUCCAAUUCCUCAUCCUCUUCAGAAUCAUCCUCAGAAAGUGAAAUUGAACAUGAGAGAAGCAGAAGAAGGAAACAUAAGAGGAGACCGAAAGUUAAACAUUCUAAAAAGAGACGAAAGGAAGCAAACAGUUCAGAAGAGCCAAGAAAUAAACAUAUAAUAAGCCCAAAAGGUCACUCUGAGAGGAGUGAUACCAAUGAAAAAAGAUCUAUUGAUUCAAAUGCUAAAAGGGAAAAGCCUGUGGUCCGCCCAGAAGAGAUUCCUCCAGUGCCGGAGAACCGAUUUUUACUGAGAAGAGAUAUGCCUCUUGUCACAGUGGAGCCUGAACCGAAAAUUCCUGAUGUUACACCCAUUGUAAGUGACCAGAAACCAUCUGUGUCAAAGUCUGGACGGAAGAUUAAAGGAAGGGGCACAAUUCGCUAUCACACACCUCCAAGAUCAAGAUCCUGUUCUGAAUCAGAUGAUGAUGAUAGCAGUGAAACUCCUCCUCACUGGAAAGAAGAAAUGCAGAGAUUAAGAGCAUAUAGACCACCUAGUGGAGAAAAAUGGAGUAAAGGAGAUAAGUUAAGUGACCCCUCUUCAAGCCGAUGGGAUGAAAGGAGCUUGUCCCAGAGAUCCCGAUCAUGGUCCUAUAAUGGAUAUUAUUCAGAUCUGAGUACAGCAAGACACUCUGAUGGUCACCAUAAAAAACGCAGAAAAGAGAAAAAGGUUAAGCAUAAAAAGAAAGCUAAAAAGCAGAAACAUUGCAGAAGGCACAAACAGACCAAGAAAAGAAGGAUUAUUGUACCAUCUGACAUAGAAUCCUUAAAAUCUGCAACCCGACGAGUGAAAUCUUCAUGUGAGAGAGAAAGGAGAUCUCAUUCUUCCUCGUCAUCAUCUCAUCACUCAUCCAAGAGGGAUUGGUCUAAAUCUGAUAAGGAUGACCAGAGCUCUUCAACCCAUUCCAGCAGAGACUCGUACAGAUCAAAAUCUCACUCUCAGUCUUAUUCUAGAGGAAGCUCAAGAUCAAGGACUGCCUCAAAAUCUUCAUCACAUUCUCGAAGUAGAUCAAAGUCCAGAUCUAGUUCUAAGUCAGGGCGCCAAAGAACAGCAUCAAAAUCACCAAGAAGAACAGCCUCUCAGUUAAGUGAAAAUAAACCUGUUAAAACAGAACCUUUAAGAGCAACAGUGACACAAAAUGAAAGUGUUGUAGUACAACCAGUGGUGGCAGAAAAUAUUCCUGUUAUACCAUUGAGUGACAGCCCCCCUCCUUCAAGGUGGAAGCCUGGGCAGAAGCCCUGGAAGCCCUCUUAUGAACGAAUCCAGGAAAUGAAAGCUAAAACAACCCAUUUGCUGCCCAUCCAAAGCACUUAUAGUUUAGCAAAUAUUAAAGAGACUGGUAGUUCAUCAUCCUACCAUAAAAGAGAAAAAAAUUCAGAAAGUGAUCGUAGUGCUUAUUCAAAAUACAGUGAUAGAAGUUCAGAAAGUUCACCAAGGUCAAGGAGCAGAUCUUCUAGGAGUAGAUCUUAUUCCAGAUCAUACACAAGAUCUCGAAGUUUAGCUAGUUCACAUUCACGGUCUAGGUCCCCCUCAUCUAGGUCUCAUUCACGAAAUAAAUACAGUGACCAUUCACGGUGUAGUAGAUCAUCUUCAUACUCUUCUGUUAGCAGUGAUGAUGGAAGACGAGCCAAGAGAAAAUUUAGAUCCAGUGGGAAAAAAAGUUACACUUCAUAUAGAAGGCACAGCAGCAGCUCUGAAAAAGCACUUCGUAACAGAUACGUCAAAGGCAGAGCCAAGUCUUCAUGUCAUAGAAAGUACAGUGAAAGCAGAUCAUCUUUAGAUUACUCUUCAGACAGUGAACAGUCAAGUGUUCAGGUUACGCAGUCAGCCCAGGAGAAGCAAGUCCAAAUGGAAGUGAAUAAUAAACAAGAGAGAAACAGAGAUGAAGAGAAAUCUAAGCCUGAACGGGAAUGCCCUCGUUCAAAAAAAAGAACUUUGAAAGAAAAUCUUUCUGAUCCCUUUAGAAAUAGCAGUAAGCCCAAAAGGAAGAAUUAUGCUGGGAGUAAAUGGGACUCUGAGUCAAAUUCUGAACGAGAUGUAACUAAGAACAAUAAAAAUAGUCCCCGGCCAACUUCUGAUAAGGAGGAAGGUGAGGCCACUUCGGAUUCUGAGUCAGAGUCUGGUGAAAUUCACAUCAAAGCCAAACCCACAACUAAGUCUUCAGCAAAUACUUUACUGCCUGAUGGUAACAGUGCCUGGAAGUCAAGCAAACAGCGCUCCUCAACCUCUGAUUCUGAGGGAUUCUAUUCCAAUUCAGAAAACACCAGAGGAAAGCCACACAAGCAUAAACACAGCUCAAAGGAGAAUAUUAAAAGGGAACACACCAAAAAAGCAAAAGAGAAAUUAAAAGGGAAAAAAGAUAAAAAGCACAAGACUCCAAAACGAAAACAAGCAUUUCACUGGCAGCCUCCACUAGAAUUUGGUGAAGAGGAGGAGGAGGAGAUUAAUGAAAAGCAAGUUACUCAGGAGGCGAAAGAGAAAAAACAAGUUUCUGAAAACAGUGAAACCAUAAAAGAAAAUAUUCUCCAAACUGAGAAGCCCUGUGAAGACAGCAGCCUUUCAGGUAAACGUAGCACAGCAGUUUCAUCAGAUAUUGAUCAGUCUACUAGAGAUGAUGUUAAACUCAGCAUUUCUCCUGUAACUGUAAACACUGAUGAAAAUGUAGUCAGUUCUCCCCCAAACAUUCAGCAUAUUGAAGAGAGCAUCCCAAGCGGAGCAGAGGAUAUGCUUCAAGCAGAUGACAACAUGGAGAUUUGCACUCCUGAUCGGAGCUCCCCAGCAAAGGCCGAGGGAGCUUCCCCUCUAGGAAAUUCAGGACUUGAUACCCCGGAUAUAAGCAUUGUUCUAAAGCAGGAUAUGCCAGCAGAGUAUCCUGAGGCAGAGUUGAGAAAACAGGAAAGCAGUAUGUCAGAAAUCAAAAUGGUGGGUGAGAUGGGCAGACAGGACAGCGGCUCUGCCAGCUUGGCCAGUGCUGUAGAAAGUACCAUAAAGAAAGAAGCAGCUGAGAAAAGCCAGACCAGCCUCAUGGAUAAUAAAUGGAAGCCCCUGCAAGGUGUGGGGAACCUUGCAGCACCGUCUGCUCCCACAUCCAGUGCUACAGACGUUAAGGCAUUGACUGCUAUGCCUGAAAUGAAACCACAGGGUUUGAGAAUAGAAAUUAAAAGCAAAAAUAAAGUUCGGCCGGGGUCUCUCUUUGAUGAAGUAAGAAAGACGGCACGCUUAAACCGGAGGCCAAGAAAUCAAGAGAGUUCAAGUGAUGAACAGACACCUAGUCGAGAUGGUGAUAGCCAGUCCAGGAGUCCAAGUAGAUCUAGAAGUAAGUCUGAGACCAAAUCAAGACACAGAACAAGGUCUGUCUCCUAUAGUCACUCAAGAAGUCGAUCGAGAAGUUCCACAUCAUCCUAUCGAUCAAGAAGCUACUCUAGAAGUCGGAGUAGAGGGUGGUAUAGCAGAGGCCGCACAAGGAGCCGGAGCAGUUCCUACCGCAGUUACAAAAGUCAUAGGACGUCCAGCAGGAGCAGAUCCAGGAGCAGCUCCUAUGAUCCCCACAGUCGGUCCAGGUCCUACACUUAUGAUAGCUACUAUAGCAGGAGUCGGAGCCGAAGUAGAAGCCCGAGGAGUGACAGUUAUCACCGAGGCAGAAGCUACAAUAGGCGAUCCAGGAGUUGUAGAUCUUACGGCUCUGACAGUGAAAGUGACCGAAGUUACUCUCAUCACCGAAGUCCCAGUGAAAGCAGCAGAUAUAGUUGAAAGUGUCCCCUUUUUUUAUAUGA